UAUAAUAGAAAAAAAUUAUCCCUAUUAUUUUUCCGAAGAAGAACCGGCAGAAGGUAACCUACCACUGCUAUUGCGCGGGUUUAUCAUCAGCUUUGCAAACUCGCUUCUUCUGCUUCACAUUUUCGUUCUCUCUCACUGCGUGAAGAAAACCGAAUCCAUGUCAACAACUCCACCCCCAUGCCCAACAACCAUAAAUCCUUUUUCUUCAAUCCUCUUGACUGCAUGACCCUCGAUUCUCUUCCUUCACAAACGAUUAUGGCUUUUCGAACUGUUAACACUUUCUCCGUCUUCCGCUCUUCAUUAUCCCCGCCUCUCUCUGCCUUCCGAUGGAGCUCCAAACUAAGAUUUAGUUCUCCUCUGUUAAGGCAUCGAUACCAAAUUUUUAAGACUGGUGGAGGUCGAUUAUAUUCCUUUUACAGUGUGUUUGAAAACAUUAUCGAAGAGCUCGAAGCUCCACGCCGGCGAAAGAGAGUUUCCGCUACUGCUAAAAUGGGAUUGGUGGGCAUGGGCAGUGGAGAGGUUACUGAAGAUAAGCUUGUGAACCGAACAUUGGACAGGGGAUUGUUGCUGGAGUUCAAGAAGGAUUCGGAGAGGGUAUUACUGGCAGUUGCUCAGAAACCUGAUGGGAAAAAAAACUGGAUGGUGUUCGAUCAGCAGAAUGGCGUCUCAUCGUCUAUUAAGCCACAGCAAAUUACAUACAUUGUUCCAGGUGUUGAAAAUUUUGACCAUACAGAAAUUGCAGACUUCAUUAAGAAAGCUCAGGAUAACUUGGACCCAACAUUGCUGGAAUUUGCAUGGCUUGAACUUCUUGAACAAAAUAAGGCAGUGACUACCGAAGAAUUAGCUGAGAUGAUUUUUGGGAGUACAGAACCUAUGGAAAGCUAUUGUACGCAUUUGUUGUUAUCAAGAGAUGAAUUAUACUUCACUGUUCUGCAGACAAAAGGUUCGCGAUCUUUUUAUGGUCCAAGACCUACUGACCAAGUUGAAGAACUUCAACGUAAGAAGCUUGCAAAAGAGGCAGCUGAGAAAGAACUGCAAGAGUUUGUAGACUUAUUGAAAUCUGCCAAGGCAAUGCCUUUGAAGUCCAAACCACCUAAAUCGUCCUGGACAGCUGAAGAGAAAACCAGAUACAAGGUUGAGUCUCUCGAAUCUUAUGCUAUUGAUGAUUGCGUGGAUGAUGAACAAAGGAAAACAGCUGGGAUGAUUCUCAAGACUAUGGGACUGGUGAAAACAGCAUCAUCAGCAGUAAAUCUUCUCAUUGACGUGGGGUAUUUCCCUCGGCAUGUUAAUCUUGAUCUUCUAAAGUUGAACAUUCGGACAGAUCAUUCAGAUGGCAUUAUAGCAGCUGCAGAAUCACUUUUACUGGAGGCGUCUGAUCCUGAUGAGGUUAACAGGAAGAAUCUCACAGAUCUUAAGGUUUAUGCCAUUGAUGUUGAUGAAGCAGAUGAGCUUGAUGAUGCAUUGAGUGCAACAAGAUUAUCAGAUGGUCGAAUUAAAAUAUGGAUCCAUGUUGCUGAUCCAGCUAGAUUUGUUCAACCAGGGAGCAUAGUGGACAGGGAGGCCAUGAAAAGAGGAACUUCUAUAUUUCUUCCAACAGCCACAUACCCUAUGUUUCCAGAGAAACUAGCAAUGGAUGGAAUGAGUUUAAAACAGGGAGAGAUUUGCAAUGCAGUUACUGUAUCUGUUGUCCUUCAUUCUGAUGGAAGCAUUGCAGAAUACUCUGUGGAAAACUCAAUCAUCAAACCAACUUACAUGCUGACAUAUGAAAGUGCAUCAGAGCUGCUUAGUUUGAACUUGGUAGAGGAGGCUGAACUUAAAAUUCUAUCUGAGGCUGCAACUUUGCGAUUAGCAUGGCGAAGACAACAGGGUGCAAUUGACAUGGCUUCUUUGGAGACACGGAUCAAGGUAGCAAAUCCAGAAGACCCGGAGCCUGAAAUCAAUCUCUACGUGGAAAACCAAGCUGACCCUGCCAUGCGACUUGUUUCUGAAAUGAUGAUCCUAUGUGGGGAAGUUAUAGCCACUUUUGGAUCUCGCAAUAACAUUCCGUUACCCUACAGAGGACAACCUCAAACAAAUAUAGAUGUAUCUGCAUUUGCUCAUCUUCCAGAAGGACCUGUUAGGAGCUCUGCAAUAGUCAGAACAAUGCGAGCUGCUGAAAUUGACUUUAGGAAGCCUAUGCCCCAUGGGAUUUUGGGAAUUCCUUGUUAUGUCCAAUUUACAUCUCCCAUCCGUAGGUAUUUGGAUCUGCUUGCACAUUAUCAGGUUAAGGCUUUCCUAAAAGGCGACUCUCCUCCAUACUCCCAUGGUCAACUAGAAGGGAUGGCAGCAACUGUAAAUAUAAAUACUAAAUUGGCAAGGAGGCUCUCAAGCGUUAGUCUUCGUUAUUGGAUACUAGAGUACUUGAGACGGCAACCAAAAGAAAAUAGAUAUCGGGCUUUGAUUCUUCGGUUUAUUAAAGAUCGAAAUGCAUUGCUGCUGUUGGUUGAGGUGGGCAUUCAAGCAUCUGCAUGGGUGUCUCUUGGAGUACAAAUUGGAGAUGAAGUACAAGUUCGAGUGGAGGAUGCCCAUCCACGUGAUGAUGUUCUUUCUCUGAAGGAGAUCAUUCAGUAGAUAUAUGAGGUCCUCUUUAGUGAAAUAUUUUAUGACAAAAGUGCUACUCCCUGAACCUGCACGUUUGGUAUUCCUUCAACAAAUUUGAAGCCGCUUUUCCUGGUUGAUCCCAUGAGGAUUCAUCAAGAGACCCUAUGUCCAGCCAUGUUCUAGGAGCGUUUAGAAAGUGAGACUUGCUUGCGGGCAUUAACCAGCCGUGCAUCCAUUUUUGUAUCCUCUAGUUUGUUACACAGUGAUUUUUGUUGUUAGAUCAAGUACAACCACCUUAAUAUUGAGCUAGAAAUGUAAUUUAUUAAAAUAGGUUGUAAAUGAAUUAUCUUUGAUAAAGAUAAUUGUAUCGAAAUUGAUAUUGUAAGAAACUGGAAACUGCAAUAUAUUUGAUAGAAAAUGAAGGGAAUUAUACUUUCAAGUUAAAAUUAGUUGGUGGCGACUUUUGGGAGAUCAAUUAAAACGUGGAAAAGAAGAUAACAGUCGGACGUGACAGCAUUUUCCAGAUGGUUACUAUUGCUGAUUCAAUGCUUUCUCAUAAUCUCAUUCAAAGGUACGACUUUGGGUAUUGUUCAUCUUGUCUUCAUCUGCUUUAGUAUAUAAUUCUAGAUAAUACGAUGGGUGUCAUAUAUUUUGAUUUUUGAAUAACUCUAUUUGAAGUCCAA